AUGAUCACGUUCACUCCAUUGUCAGGCGGCGCACGCCUUUCGAAAACAAUUCCGCUCUCCUACCUUUUACAAGUCGACGAUGUUCGCAUCCUUCUUGACUGUGGAUCCCCAGGCUGGUGUCCUGAACAUGCAAUCGCAGGGUCUGAAGAUUCAAGUGACUCACAAUCCUUCUCUUGGGAGUCUUAUUGCAAGGCACUGAAAGAAUGCGCUCCGACUGUCGACCUGGUCCUUAUUUCACACGGUGACCUUCAACACGCGGGACUUUACGCGUAUGCCUACGCGCAUUGGGGACUUCGUGCUCCGACUUACACGACUUUACCCGUGCAAGCAACGGCACGUCUAGCUGCCGUCGAAGAGGCCGAAAGUAUACGAUCCGAGGAAGAUGUGGAUAACAGGAAUGAAACAUCGAAUGAUGCCGAGGCAAACGAUCGCAUGGACGUCGACGAUGUGUUAAGGAGGAAAUUCGUGCCAAGCCCAGACGACGUACGGGAAGCAUACGAUUCCAUCCACACACUACGAUACUCUCAGCCCGCUCAUUUGCAGGGCAAAUGCCAGGGCCUUACAAUAACAGCUUUCAACGCUGGCCACACCCUAGGUGGUACAAUUUGGAAAAUUCGAUCCCCUUCAGCUGGAACUAUCCUCUACGCCGUCGACUUAAACCAUCUUCGUGAACGACAUUUGGAUGGGACAGUCAUACUCAGAGGGGCAGGUGCUGGUGGAGUCUACGAGGCUCUUGCUCGACCAGACCUAAUGAUUACAGACGCCGACCGGGUAAACAACAUUUCUUGUAGGAAAAAAGAUCGCGAUGCCCAAUUGAUAGACACCGUGACCUCUACACUCUCCUCACGACAUUCGGUGUUGAUGCCAUGCGAUUCCAGUACCCGCUUACUCGAGCUUCUGGUCUUGCUCGAUCAACAUUGGACGUACUCCCGCUUCAAGUUUCCUAUUUGUCUCGUUUCUCGAACAGGCCGUGAAAUGCUCACUUUCGUGCGGAGUAUGAUGGAAUGGUUAGGCGGUACAAUAAGUAAAGAGGACGUCGGCGAGGAUACCGGGAAUAAUGCAAAUAAUAAGCGACGAAGGGAUGAUGACAACGAAGAGGAAGCGCUGGGUGCUCUUGCUUUACGAUUCAAAUACCUUGAGUUCUUCCCUAAUCCGCAAGCCCUCUUGCACACUUAUUCUUCGAAAGACCCCAAGUUAAUACUUGCCGUCCCUGUUUCACUCUCUCACGGCUCAUCGCGAUCCAUAUUUUCUGAAUUCGCGUCAGUGGCAGACAAUGUCGUCCUCCUUACGAGCCCAGGCGAGGAUGGGACACUUGCAAGGACGCUUUUCGAUAUGUGGAAUGAUGAACAACGAGAGGAUGACAAGUGGAAUAAGGGUAAACUUGGACGAAACGUGAUGUUGGACAAGACGCUCAAGCUCACUAUGAAGUCCAAAGUACCUCUCCAAGGUGUUGAACUGGAGGAAUACUUAAAGAAGGAACGCGCUGCAAAGGAGAAGGAAGCCGCAGAAGAGGCUGCGCUUGCCCGCACGCAACGCAUGCUAGAGGCCGACGAGGGUGACUCCGAAUCAGAUGACUCAGAGGACGAAGAUGCCGUCGAGCAGACUCUCGACGACAUGAUGGACGUGAGUGACGACCAUGAUGGAUUAUCUCCUGUCUUCGCCGAACCCGGUGCUGGUGGUGGGCGGAGGCGCAGUCGAAAAGAGGCCGAUACAGGUGAUUGGAGUUUCGAAACAGAAGACGGGAGUACAAAGCCGAUGCUCUCGUUUGAUAUCUAUAUGAAGGGGAACGUCUCAAAACAAUCGUCGUUCUUCAAAACCGAAGGACCACAACAACAGCGAUUCAGGAUGUUCCCCUACGUCGAACGUAGGAGACGAGUAGACUCGUAUGGAGAGGUCUUGGAUGUGGGGUUGUGGCUAAGGAAGGGCAAACUACUCGAAGAAGAAGCAGAAAGCGAGGAGUCGAAGGAGGCAAAGAGGAAGAAGGAAGAGGAGGAAGAAGCCAAGAAAGCACCUGCGGAACCCCCAUCAAAAUACAUCAGUUACGACGUGGACGUUCAGCUCGCCUGCCGACUCCUAUUUGUCGACAUGGAAGGUCUAAAUGAUGGUCGAGCAGUCAAGAAAAUAGCUGCCCACGUCAAUCCACGAAAAUUGAUCAUUGUACAUUCAUCGUCGGAUGGCGCACAGUCGCUUAUCGAAGCGUGUGGUGCUGUUCGGGCAUUGACCAAAGAAAUUUAUGCUCCAGACAUUGGAGAGCAGGUACAAAUCGGCCAGCAUACAAACAGUUACUCUAUCUCUUUGUCGGAAGAACUCCUUGCAUCGGUCAGGAUGUCCAACUUUGAGGACAAUGAAGUCGGAUUCAUCCAGGGCUGUAUCGCGAGCCUUGCGAGCUCCACAAUCCCAAUCCUAGAGCCUGUCUCUAAUCUCACUUCACGAUUGGAGGACGUCCCGAUGGAGUCAGAGCAGCUCGUCAAACCUGCUCGCCUCGGGUCAAGACCAGCGACAAAACUUCCUCGAUCCACCAUGAUCGGCGACUUGAAACUUACCGCUCUCAAAGCACGAUUAUCAAAGAUGGGUGUACACACCGAGUUUGCUGGUGAAGGUGUUUUACUCUGCCGGAAUAGCUCUUCGGAUGAGGACGUAUCGACAGAGUCGAUCGUUGCUGUCCGGAAGAAGGCGGAUGGUAAAGUUGAGCUUGAAGGCACGGUUACAGAGGUAUAUUAUACUGUAAGACGAGCUAUCUAUGAGUUACAUGCUUUGGUAGCUGCAUAG